CAAGCAGUGAACAGAUCUGGAAGGAUCUAGAUGGUCCUUGAUCCUCAAGGGUGGGCAUGAUUCGGAAAGAGGAGGGGGACCACGCCCCACCCAGGUGGGGCUCCUUGCUCCUGGUGCGUGAGGAGACGUGCCCUCACGUGGCGACAGCCACGCCCAGGUGGCGCCCAUCUUCAUCUGACUUAUUCGUGGGGGGGGCGGGGCUAUGAGAGUCGGGAGCCAUGGAGGAUGAUCCACCUCGGCACUUGGUGCUCCUGCAAGAGCUCCUGGUGCCUCCCUGUCUGGACCCCGAGUCACCCCCGGAGAGCAGACUCCCUAUUCAGAUGGAGCCCCGAACCUUGAGAUGUCUCAGACCCCGUGGCAGGUCCCUGUGGCCUGCAUGCCAAGACUCCGUCACUGCUCUGCCCUCCCGUCAAGAGAAAGACAAGGGGCUGACUGAGUCUUCCUCCCCAGUCCCCCAGGCCCUGGGGACCUGCUGGGAGCUAGUGGCCCUAGGUACUUCAGUUCCUCUAAAUAUGUCCAAGAAUUCUAAGAACACCAAGAGGUCAGUCAUCCGGAAGUACUACAGCCUGGAGCCGCCUGGCGUGUCUCCAGCCUCACCCCAGAGAAGACCUCGGAAGCAGCCGAACCCCCGCAUGGGCACUGAGAAAGUGGACCCAGGAUUCAAGGGGGUGACCCUGGAGUUUCAGAUACAGCCGGAUUCCAGUCUCCAGAUUGUUCCCACCUACAGCCUGCCCAGCAGCAACCAUGCCCAGGAAUCUCCCACAAGCCCUACCAGGGACCUGGGGCCCAGUCCUGGAAGCAGUGAGGCCCUAGAGCCCCGGCGCUGUGCUUCCUGUAGGACCCAGAGGACCCCACUCUGGAGAGAUGCUGAAGAUGGGACUCCCCUAUGCAAUGCCUGUGGUAUCAGGUACAAGAAGUAUGGUACCCGCUGCUCCAGUUGCUGGCUGGUUCCCAGGAAAAGUGUCCAGCCCAAGAGGCUGUGUGGCAGAUGUGGGGUGUCCCUGGACCCCCACAAAGGCCCAACUGAAGAAAUGUAAGCACUUUGCCACCCAGCAAAGCCAGUUUCUACCUCAGUUUCUCCAGAGGGAGAGUGGGUAGAACUCCUAGAAAAUAUCCCAGUUGCCUCCUCUCUGGCAUCUUCCAGGAGGGAUCCCAGUGGGAGAGCCAGACCUCCUGCCCCAAACUCUACCCACCCCUUCUCCAAACAGGCUUGGCUGGACCUCAAAUAAA